AUGCUGUGUAGCAGUGGUUUACGACUGAUUGGUCCCCUGCUUCAACGUGGCAGGUCACGCUUCGCAGUUCUUAGCCCCACCAAGCUGAACGGAAUUGUCAGUAACCAUGUACCGCACCAUAUUCCAUUUGAGCUCAGCAUCUCUUUCACACUACAGCAAGACACGGCCGAAGCUGUGGGUCUAGCGAUAGCUCUCGCGGGACUUUUUAAUGAUGCAAUCGAGUGUUUCCAGUACUAUUCCAUAGGACGAGACUUCAAAGACAGCCUCGCAACAGAGCAGAUCAAGCUGCACAACGCCGAACUGCGCCUCUCACGAUGGGGAAAGUCGAUUGGGAUAUCGGGAGACAUCCGCGACUCCUCGUCAGUGAGGACACCAGGUUUGCUCCCUUCUUUCAACGUGCAAAACCUACGUGCCGGGGCGGACAAGCUUGAGCAUAUCAUCGCCCUGCUCAAGAAGGCGAACGUCAAGUCUGCCAAAUACUCCGCGGGCCAGGCAGGUAGACCAAGUGGCAUUGAGGAUAACCCAAGUGCAGUCAGUGGCACUGCAACCAAGCUUCUCACAGAUAUGCGUCACAUCUCGAUCGAUCGCAUGACCAGACAGUUGAGGACGAAGACGAAGUGGGCGCUCGGUGGCCGCGAGCAGGUACAGCAAUUGGUCAGCAGCAUUACAGAACAAGUCAAAGAUCUCGAGGACCUAUACGCCAGUCCAAGCUCCCCGCGCGACGUUCUGGCAGACGAAGAAGUCAAUGGAAUCAGCCCGCAACGCGAGACUAUUGCUUUGCUGUCAGAGUCUGCAAGGAGCCGAGAGGUGCAGGAUACAAUACUUGAAACGGCUCUGAGGAAGAAGUUGGAUGAGUUGGCACCUAGCCGAAACACUUUCUACGCACACUACAACGGGCAUAACGAUAGCUGUGUGCAGAGUUCACAGAUUACGGGCGGUUGUUUCAUUAUGGGGGCAAAGAGUGCCGAAAUCUCGCCUCCUGGGCAACGGCCGUAG